UUUUGGCAGAACCUGCAUAAAUAUUGAAAAAUGCACCACGGUGCUCCGUGAAAAAUUUUGGUGCAUUUAAGAUUCUUCAUAUAGCCAUUCAUAAUGUUUGGAAAUAAUAAGCCUUUUGGGACAGCAUCUGCCUUUGGAGGAACAUCUUUUGGGGGUACCUCGACUCCUUUUGGCCAAAACACAACUGCUUUUGGUGCAAAACCUGCUACUAGUAAUGUAUUUGGAGCAUCUGCAUUUGGUGUUUCUACUCCAAACACUGGAGGACUGUUCGGAACAUCCACACCUGCCUCUGGCACUGGUUUGUUUGGCCAACCGUCAACAGGUUUUGGAGCUCCUGCGUCAACAAGCACUAACACUUUUGGUUUUGGUGCAACAUCGAAUACUGGGGGCUUGUUUGGUAGUACUACUCCUGCUACACAAACCUCAGGUGGUUUAUUUGGUGCUAGCUCAUCUUCUGCUUUUGGUACACCACGUCCUACAUUUGGAGGCUUUGGAACUGCCACACCGGGAGCAGGAUUGUUUGGCCAAAAUACUAGUACCGGAGCUGGUCUUUUUGGCUCAGCAGGAUUCACUGCCACUGCACCAACUGGUACCACCAUUAAGUUCAAUCCAACAACAGGUACUGAUACAAUGAUGAAAGGAGGUGUGUCAGCAAGUAUCAGCACUAGACAUCAGUGUAUAACAUGCAUGAAAGAAUAUGAAAAUAAAAGUUUAGAGGAAUUAAGAGUUGAAGAUUAUGCUGCAAAUAGAAAGGGGGGCAGUGCUGGAGCGAUUGGUGGGUUCGGAAAUCCAACGCCACAGACUGGAUUGUUUGGUGUCCCAGCUGCCUCCUCUAGCUCGGCCUUUUCUUUUGGAAGUACUACACAAGCAAAGCCGUUAUUUGGUACAACUGGAAGCACUAAUACAUUUGGAGGUGGUGGUGGAUUGUUUGGCCAACCUGCUCAAAAUCAAAGUACAGGAUUAUUUGGGAAAUCUGUUGGAUUUGGUGCUGCUACUACCUCUGCUGCUCCUGUAUUCAAUUUCGGGGCAUCAACUGGAACAUCACUUUUCGGACAGAAUAAUCAGCAAAAGCCUUUGUUUGGUCAAACAACUGGUAGCACCGGCUUAUUUGGAAAUACCGCUACAACUCAACCUUCUACUGGUUUUGGGACAUCUACUGGUUUUGGAGGUUUUGGUGCUACUCAACCAUCAACCGGAUUAUUUGGAGCAACCAAACCCACUGGUUUUGGAACAACUAACACAACUACUACAAAUACAUUCAGUUUUGGAAAUACGAACAAUAUGGGUACUGGCCUUUUUGGACAGAAAACUGCAACACCUGCUUUUGGAACCUCUGCUUUUGGCACUCAAAAUACAGGUUUUGGUGCGUUUGGUAAUACCCAGACUACAGGAACUGGUUUGUUUGGACAGUCGAAACCAGCCACAUCAGCUUUUGGUGGAACAGGAAGUACUUUUGGUACAGGCCUUGGCAGCACAUUUGGCAACUCUACAUUUUCAAUGGGUUUGGGCGCAAAUACAGGAACUGGUUUGUUUGGAGCUUCAACAGCUAAUAAAGCUCCCGGUUUCAAUUUUGGAGGCACUGGAUCUACUGGUUUUAAUUUUGGGGCGACGAAUCCAAGUGCUUCAAGUUUUAAUUUUGGAACAGCUAAUCAAAUGCCUGGAAGUGAUCCAAACAAUGCAGUUUUACAGCAAGCACAGCAGCAGAUUUUAGCUAUGACUGUGAAUCCAUUUGGAGAUUCUCCAUUAUUUCGAAAUCCAUUAAAGGAUUCUUCUCGAGAAGUUGAAGUUUUAAAACCUACUAAUCCUUCAGCACAGAAAGCCCUGUUAAACGAUAAUUAUUGCAAGUUAUCUCUGUUGCCUACUGCAAAAAUAAAACCUAAACCAUGGACGCCUCCAGUUUCAAGUGGGAAAAUGUUCUUUUUUGAUGGAUUAGAAGAUGAAGAGCCGAGUCUCGGAAAUAUUUCUUUUCAACCAAAAAGAAGUGUUAAGAAGUUAGUUCUCAAAAAUAUGCCAAAGUUAUCUUCUGUGCAAGUUACUUCUGAUAUCUCCUCUCCAUCUAACCAAUCUGCGAGAAUAGAUGUUUCCAUCUCAUUAAAAAAUGUCAGCAAUAAUGUUAAUGCUAACUCAGUUGAAAGUCCUGCUCCAGUGCCUUUAACUAUUGAUAUUAGCAACAGUUCUAAUGAUAAUGUGGCAGAUGUUACUAGCACUAGUGAACCUUCAGCUAUAAGAAAACCAGCAUCUCCAGCACAAGAGUCUUCAAAUGCACCUGAAAUACAUCAUGCAAAUUCGGUUGAUGACAGCAUCUCUGCUCUUCACACAAAUAAACAGAUUCCAAACAGAACGUACAAAAUGUGGAGUCUCAGUGAUGACACUGAAAACCAAAGUUUAUCUUUAGGAGAUGUGUCUGAUGCAUCAAAAGAAAUGGAAAAAGAAAAUCACAACUCCUCUCUAUACGAUACUCUUUCUGUCAUGGUAAAUAAAUCUUGUCCGAUAAUAUUAACCAAAGAAGGCUAUUUCACUGUGCCCCCUCAAAGUGAACUUGAAAUGGAUGCCGACGGAAAUUGUUUCGUGACGGAUUUUACUGUUGGCAGGAUAGGUUAUGGUAAAGUUAUCUUUCCUGGGAGAACUAAUGUAGCCGGUCUCAAUAUUGAUGAAAUAGUACUGUUUCACAAACGAGAAAUUAAUGUCUAUCCAAAUGAUAAAGAGAAGCCAUCUAUUGGUGAAGGACUGAACAGAAAGGCUGUCGUCAUUUUAGAAGGCAUAUGGCCUACUGAUAAAACGACUCAUUCUCCUAUAAAGGAUCCUGAGAGGAUAUCGAGUUCAGGAUAUGCUGAAAAAAUUGCUAGUCGUACUUCUCGCAUUGGAGCGAAGUUCAUUGAUUAUAUUCCAGUAACUGGUUCAUGGAUAUUUGAGGUUGAUCACUUUUCUAAAUAUGGACUUGAAGAUUCUGAUGAUGAAAUGGAAAUUCCUGUGCCAUUAGAUAAUAAAACUCAAAAAGUUGUUCCUACUAGUCAAACACAGCUGAAAAAUGGAGACUUUGCACUGCCUGGUUUACCAAUUCAGCAACUAACAAGGAAACCAAUUGCUUCAAUGCCUUCUGAAGUAGAAGAAAUGGAAGGGAUAACCUCACAGUUUUUUCCGCAAAAUGAUUUAGAGCUUACUAAUGAAAUAGAUGACCAGUUUUUGAGUGAAGUAUAUUCUCCAACAAGACCUAUCUUGAACUCUGACAUUGAUGCAGAACGGAUCCAAGGAAUGAAGGCAUUUUUUUUCCAAGAAGAAAUGGAGGACACGAAUUGGGGGUCCUGUGCAAAUGGAACUCAAAAAUCCAUCUUACCUAGAACAGUUAAUGAUAUUAGUGGAAAACAAGUAUUUUUUACAGAUAAGAAAUUAGAUAUUACAGAUCAUGAAGCGAGGAAAAGACAAAAGCAACUCAGUUUCAAAGUUGAUGAUGAUUUACAUGGCUCAUUUCCUCACGUGAAGUUUGGAGAAGCAGGUCUUCAGACCUCGAUGUCUUCAUUAUCUUUAUCAGCGACUAAACAAGCAGAAUGGCUCUCGUCUUUCCCUCUUGUCAAAAGUUCCAUACAAGAAUCAGUUAUUCAACAAAAAUCUGUUCCUCUGUCAGUGAAUAAAAUAUAUUUGAAGCCGCUGAAAAAGUCAGUUUUGUACGGAAAAGAGCAUCUUUUGGCUGAUGCUGGUUACUUCAAGGCACGUAGUUUUCGUGUGGGCUGGAAAGCCGAUGGUACCUUCGUGAGCAUUCAGUCUUUUGAAGAAAGAGAAAACUUACUGGAGAUUUUGCCAAAAUUCAUUCUCUAUGGUGACCAAAUAACAUCCAGAGCAUCUCUGAAGAAGUCUGGCUUUUCCUUAUCUUUUGAAAAACUUCAAAUGGAUUCAGCUCACUGCAAUGACACACCUGUUCAGAAAAACCUCGUAGAUGUAUUUAAACUUCAGUUAAAACAUUCAGCUUCCACUACAGAAGAAAAUGUACCAUUGUUUCUUCCAAAACCUGGAACAGAUUUGAUACAUGCCUUAUCUGAACUGUUUGAGAGCCAGUUGAAAAACACAGAUAUUGAUUCAGACAGAAAUUUCACUAGGCAGUCUAUCUCUGUGUGGAAUCUGUUGGUUUCCCUUUGGGGAAAAAUAAGAGGUCUUAAUGAAGAAGAUCAAGAUGUUUCAAACUAUUCAGUUCAAAUGGCAAGGCGAGAAGCAUUAUCACACUGGCUCAUAAAAACAACUGAAAAUGCCAUAAACAACAAAGUUGUGACAAAUGUGGAUGAUUUGCAGAAGAUAUUCUUAUCCCUGACUGGUCGCCGUAUUUCUGAUGCUGUAAAAAUAGCCCAGAAAACUCGCAACUUCCGUUUAGCUUUAUUGUUGUCUCAAGCAGAAGGAUGUUUUACUGUUCGCAAACUACUUAGUUGCCAACUUCAAAAUUGGGAACAAAAUGGCGCAUAUAAGUUCAUUCACCACAAUAUGAUCAUGCUGUAUUGUCUUCUCGCUGGAUUUUUGCUCUGGGAGAACAUAUAUGAAACAGUGAAUUGUUGCAAAAACCUUGAAUGGAAGCAGACUUUAGCUCUUCAUUUGUGGUAUCAUUGUACUCAAAAUGCUAGUAUUCAAGAGGCUGUGAAGGCAUAUGAUGAUUCUUUUCAGGGCACAGAGACCAAUCAAAAGUAUUCGUUACCUCCAUACCCAGACUACUUUGAUUUAGAUGCAGUAAUAGAAUCUGAAGUUGACUCUACUGAAGCUCCAGACAAAAUCUUCGAUACCUGUUACCACUUAUUGAAAUUGUACUGUGAUCGAACUCAUCGCUUUGACCAAUUGCUUAUGCCAGCUACAUAUACUUGGGAUCAUUUAGAUUAUAGAUUGAGCUGGUUUUUGCAGUUAUCUCUAACAUCAUUAGGAUUCAACAUCUCUGACGAUUUAUCUUCUACACUACAUAUGAACUUUGCAUCGCAACUGGAAUCUAUAAAUAUGUGGCACUGGGCAAUAUUUGUAAUCCUCCACCAUCCAGAUGUUGAAUGGAGGAAAAAGUCUGCAAAAGACAUAUUACUGAGGCAUGUUUCACUUGAACAAAGUAGUGAAGUUACAGAGAAAGAGAACUUCUUGAAAAAUGACUUGCUGAUUCCUGAAAGUUGGAUUUUUGAAGCUAAGGCAAUAAAGGCACACAGUAUGAAUAAACGAGCAGAAGAAGCUUGGUUUUUAUUAAAGGCUGGUUACUGGAAUAAAAGCCAUGACAUAGUCAUUAAGCAUCUAGCAUCAGAUGCAGUCAUCAAUGAAGAUUAUGAUUACCUGCUGAAGUACCUUUCAGAACUAUCUUUGCCCGAAAGAAGUUGUUCUAUACUGGACUGGGCUAGUGGAGGACAAGUGUAUCUGGAUUAUAUUAACAUGUGCCGCAUGGUGGAAGGUGUAUUGUCGCGAGAAACCAGUGCCUAUGAUUUAGAGAAAUUUACUCCUCAAGUGAUAUCAUUAUGUAAACGUUUAUCUAGUGUACCAACUCCAAAUUUGAAAGACAGGCUUAGUAUUGCUGAAAUGGCAAAAAAGACAGCUACAAUACUUCGGUCCAUUGCUAUAUUACAAGCAAGUAGAACGAAAAAGAAUACUUUCACUUCAUUAACACGCUAUUUCAAAAACCUACCUAUGCCUUAUGAUUAUGCAGAAUCGGAAAAUAGAUUUUUGGCCCAUUGUUUCGUUGAAGAAGUUACUUCAGAAAUAUAAGAUUAAGAAAUUGCACUUGGAACUAUAGACGAAUUAUUCAUUGGAAAAUGAGGUUUCUUUGAUGUCAUUAAUGUAUUAUAAUGUCACAAAUGUUAUUGCAUUUUAUUGUAUAUUGAUGUAAUUUUUUAUUAUUAUGAUAAGCUUGUAAAUACAUAGCAAAUUAUGAAGAUGAAUUGUAUUUUAAAUUAAAAAUAAAAUAGAUUUCUUUUAAA